CCACUGAGCUGAUGCCCGCUGCCAGGCUUGUAUCCCGACCCAGGACCCCCUGCGAGAUUUGAAAGGCAUCUGAAGCAUGAGAUGGAUUCACCCGAGAAACUGGAGAAGAACAAUUUAGUGGGCACCAACAAAAGCCAGCUUGGUGUGUGCGGCUGGAUCCUGGUUUUCCUUUCCUUCCUGCUGAUGCUCGUCACCUUCCCAAUCUCAAUAUGGAUGUGCUUGAAGAUCAUUAAGGAGUAUGAGCGUGCUGUUGUCUUCAGACUGGGACGCAUCCAAGCUGAUAAAGCCAAGGGACCAGGUUUAAUCCUGGUCCUGCCUUGCAUUGAUGUGUUUGUCAAAGUGGAUCUCCGAACGGUUACUUGUAACAUUCCUCCACAAGAGAUCCUCACGAGAGACUCUGUGACCACCCAAGUGGAUGGAGUCGUCUAUUACAGAAUCUACAGUGCUGUCUCAGCCGUGGCCAAUGUGAACGACGUUCACCAGGCCACGUUUCUGCUGGCUCAGACUACUCUGAGAAAUGUCUUAGGGACACAGACCUUGUCCCAGAUCUUGUCUGGGCGAGAAGAGAUCGCACAUAGCAUCCAGACCUUGCUUGAUGAUGCCACCGAGCUAUGGGGAAUCCGAGUGGCCCGGGUGGAAAUCAAAGAUGUCCGGAUUCCUGUGCAGCUGCAGAGGUCCAUGGCGGCUGAGGCCGAGGCUACCCGGGAAGCCAGAGCCAAGGUCCUUGCAGCAGAGGGAGAAAUGAACGCUUCUAAGUCUCUGAAGUCGGCUUCCAUGGUGCUGGCCGAGUCCCCCGUAGCCCUCCAGCUUCGGUACCUGCAGACCUUGACCACGGUGGCCACGGAGAAGAAUUCCACCAUUGUGUUUCCCCUGCCUAUGAACAUACUCGAGGGCAUUGGUGGCAUCAGCUAUGGCAACAAUAAGAAAGUCACUGCUAAAGCCUGACGUCUUCCAAGUAACCGCCUGCUGCUUAGAAAGGCCUUUCUGUACCAUGGAGAAGUCAGCCAGUAGAGACGAACGCACGCACGCACGCACGCACGCACGCACGCACGCACGCACGCACCAUGCAAGUUAAGGUAACGCCACAGCUAGCAGAAUUCCCAGAGAGACAUAGAAGCUACACAAACAAAAACAAAAUCGAGAACCAUGCACUACUUUUUAUUUUAAAGGCAUAACCAAUAUCCAAUAUUCAUAUAUAACUAGUUAGUGGUUGUCCCUGACUAUCAGCAGAGAAUCUCUGGGGAGCAGGGGCGGGGAGGCGGAGACUCUAGGUGACUGAUAAGAACUUUAGAAUUUAAGCUGUGUUGGAGAAGGACCCUAGGUCAUUUGUAAAGAAAAGCAGAUCCCACAUUUACGAUAUGCAUUUGAUUUACUGUUCCAAUAAAAUGACUUGCUUUAGUUCAAGUAAGAAAACGACUCAAGGCUGAAAAUGAGGACGGAUUUGGAUGUAGAAAA